AUGGAGGUCCUGCCCUGCUCCAGGGUGGCUCACAUCGAGCGCAAGAAGAAGCCCUACAACAACAACAUUGGUUUCUACACCAAGCGCAAUGCCCUGCGAGUGGCCGAGGUGUGGAUGGAUGACUACAAAUCGCACGUCUACAUCGCGUGGAACCUGCCACUGGAGAAUCCAGGUAUUGACAUUGGAGAUGUUUCAGAGAGAAAAGCAUUAAGGAAGAGCUUGAAGUGUAAAAAUUUCCAGUGGUACCUGGACCAUGUUUAUCCAGAAAUGAGAAGAUACAACAACACCAUUGCUUAUGGCGAGCUUCGAAACAACAAGGCAAAAGAUGUCUGCCUUGACCAGGGCCCUCAGGAGAACCACACAGCAAUAUUGUACCCGUGCCACGGCUGGGGACCGCAG